AUGCUGCCACGCUACUCUCUCCUUCUCUUUGGCUUGAGGGUUCACUUUGGCGCAACAGCUCAGCCCACUCGAAACGUCGACACUGCCCAAACUAGGGACCCGAUUGAUUUGGUUGAGCCCCUUGGACAUUUGCUGAAAAGAAAUCCAGGACGUCGAUCGGGACGCACAACUGCAUACGAUCGCGACUUAUCAGAUGAUGACUCCAUUUACAUACCGGGCGGCGGUAGCUCUGAUGAUGAAAUAUACCCUUCGGACUCAGCAUCCGUGAUAAAUAUCCCACCACGGUCGAGACAGUCGACAUCUCGCCGACCUGCCAAGCCCAGCUCCCGGGGCUCACGGAACGGGGAAGCUGCUGACUUGUCGAGAGGUGUAGGACGCAUGCCAAUAGACCCCGACAGGGAACCGUACGAUAAGCCCCUGUACAAAGACCCAUGGGACGCGCGUAACCCGAGCCCGGUCAGACAACCCCAAGACGCGAGACGCAUGUCUGUAGAUCCCGACAGCCAACGGCGUCGGCGCCCAGAGCGGGACGACUACGAUGCCGUCCCGAGCUCCCAGGGCCCAAGGCCUCGCCAUGAGAAGACCAGUACCCGCCGCCCCAUGCCGGCUGCUGGCGUCGACGAGGGCCGGGGAGCCCCAUCCAGCAGUCGGCCAUACAGCUACGGCGCAGGGCAUUCGGGCAGCUCUGGGCUUGGCCAAGGAGGGUACCCCGCAGGUGCCAGGGGCGAUGUGCCACGUCCGCCGCCGUCGGCCCACCGGCGAAAAGCUUCCCGGCCAGAGAAUGUCGGCACUGAUCGCACGCCAAGGUCUCAUGGCGCUGCCAGGGAGCCAGGAUUCGUGAUUUAUCUGAAAUGGAAUGGCGAAUUUGGUUCAUUGUACGUCAAUGAAAGGGACCUCGCGUCCUACACGGUCGCUCAUCUUCGGGUCUUGUCCCAGGGCAUAUUUCCAAAGUUGAAGGACAUCUAUAGCUAUGCCUUCGUCUUUGAGGAUAAGGUAAUAUUGGACCCAGCCAAUCUGCCCAGCUUGGGCGUUACAGAAAAUUCGGUCAUCAAGCUGGUGCCCCUGAAAAAUGUCUAUGCAGAAACCUUGAGGACAGGUAGACCUCAUCUCAGCAGCCGACCAGUACCAGGCCCUCCCCCCGCUACGAAACUGAUCACCGACGGCCGUGGAAAGGGCAGGGGUGCUGUGCCACUUUCGAGCAACAGCGACAGUGAAUAA